AAAAGAAAACGAGAGCCAACACGGUGCAUCUCUCAGCCACACAGCCCCACCCGCGCCAUGUCACUCGCCACCGCCGCCGCCGGAGCGCAACCGUUCGUCCGCUCCUCCUCCUCCGCCGCCGCGGCGUCCUCGUCGCGGCCCCUGCUCGCCGUCGCCGCCGCCCGCCACCGCCGCCCGCAUGGAUCUCUCGCCGCCGCCGCCGCCGCGGCAAGGCGGCGUCGUCGUCGUCCGCUCCUCCAGGUGCGCGCGGCAAGGACGGAGUCCACGGGCGUCUCCGUCGGGUUCCGCGCGCCCCAGUUCGAGCUCCCGGAGCCACUGACGGGGAAGCUCUGGACAUUGGAUGACUUCGAAGGCAACCCCGCGCUGCUGGUUAUGUUUGUAUGUAAUCACUGUCCAUUCGUAAAGCAUCUCAAAAAAGAUAUUGCGAAGCUCACCUCAUUCUACAUGGAGAAAGGGCUUGCUGCUGUUGCCAUAUCCUCGAACUCAAUUGUGACACACCCACAGGAUGGUCCUGAUUACAUAGCUGAGGAAGCAAAAUUGUAUAAAUACUCUUUCCCGUAUCUAUAUGAUGAGUCUCAAGAAGUUGCUAAAGCUUUUCGAGCCGUCUGCACGCCAGAGUUUUACUUGUUCAAAAAGGAUGGACGAAGGCCAUUUGAGCUUUUCUACCAUGGGCAGUUUGACGAUUCAAGACCGAGUAACAACGUGCCAGUUACCGGAAGGGAUUUAAGUCGUGCGAUUGAUUGUGCACUUAGUGGACAAGAGCUACCUUUUGUGCCAAAACCCAGUGUCGGGUGCAGCAUCAAAUGGCACCCAUGAAGAGCGUAUUGCAUUGUCAUGUGCUGGAAUAUAGAUGUUUUUCCCCCUUAAAUUGAAGGUUGAACAUGGGGAUUGAGGUGAGCCAUGCUCUCUACUACUAGAAGUAUGGAAGCACACACAUAGUAGAUUUAUGAUAGCUAAUUUCACAUAGUAGAUUUAUGAUAGCUAAUUUAUAAUGUAAUUUUUAAGGGAAAUAGAUGCAGUUGAGGCCUUGUGGAGCUGAUUCUUAACGUUGUGGGGGCUGUUCAACUUGAGAGUUGCAAAACUAGACAUGAAUGGCGUGGAUAGUGUUAUGUUGUGUGCUGGUGUCUCAUCUUGGCCGGAAAAAGAAAAACUGAUGGAUGUAACUGGUAUUUGUGCAACAAUGGGAUAAUGCACACAAGUACAAUAACCCAUUAUUAUGGCUAACACAACACCCACGGGUGAAAAUUAAAGAUGAGGGCUAUCGAGUUCUCCUCCCCA